UUUUCGACCUGGCAACCACUUAGCGUGCUGGCCUGGCAUGUUGCGGUGGUGUCGUGUGGUGUGUAGUGUAGUGUAGAGAUCCAGCGUUUGACUGGUUUUGUGGAGAUUAGCCCAAAACUUUGUGUCGAAAUUAAUCCGGUGACCAACUGAAAGGGAAUAUUUACGUCUUGGUCUUUAAUAUCGUCCACAUGCUAUCACGUUCAGGCCGGGCUGAGACCCGAAGUCGGGCGAAAGAGGAUAUCAAACGGGUUAUCAAUGCCAUUGAUCGAGUUCGGAAAUGGGAAAAGAAAUGGGUGACGAUUGGUGACACAUCUGUAACAGUUUUGAAAUGGGUUCCAAUUACAGCUCAGGAAAAUCCAGGGGCUCUAAGAAAGGUGCCUGGAGUAAAGACCAAGACAUACUCAAAAGCUCGUGUAGAAAAAGAACGUGAGCUGUAUACUGAUUCGCUGUCUCAAGCCGAGGCAGACGCCCAGCUGCGGGCUGGUUCCCCGUCCAACAGCAACACUAACCUGUCAUCUGCCAGCAGCCCGUCCUCCAAGACACAGCACAGCAAUGGGGACAAGCAUAAGUCAGGGGUGGUCAGGAACAGCAGCGGUUCUGUGGUGUACACGGAAGAGACGACUCAGCAGUCUGUGGGCUCGUACUGCUCAGAAAACCUGAACGAGGACUCCAACAUGUCCUUCCCCGACCAGAGCGAGAACAGCCCGCACAACGAGAACACGAACGAGUUCUCUCACGACAGUAACGAUGUCUAUCCCGAGAUGAGAGUUGCUAUGAGCAUGGUGAGAGAAGAAGAGAGUGGAAAACCGGACCCUCCUGAAGAAAGUAAUGACGGAGGUCCACCAGAGCUGGAACCAGAAUCCGACGAACCAUUGGCCAAGAAACAAAGAACAGGAUCAUAAUGGAGGUUUCAUCUUCUGGUUAUUAUCAUCAUCAAUCAAAUGUGGACCAUUUCUUUAUGUCAUUCACUGGAAAGCUAUUAAUGAAAUUUGAACCGACCCAAUGUGUUUUUGUUAGUGGGGGCACACUGUACUUGAGUGUCUUCUGUUGUGUACGUUUGUGUAAGUGGGUACCAUGGCGACCUUUGAUUUCAGAAAGUGCAGAGUUGACCUACAAGGUCUUCAUCUAUUUAUAGUCUGUCCUAUUUUUACGCGUUGUUGGUACCAAUGUAUGUAUUACAGACCUACCAAGUACUCUGAUAAAACUAGAGCUUACCAAUGUAUUUUUGCUGUUCAUAGAGCCCAAUUUGGAUUUGCAAGAAAUCCAAUUUUUUUCUUUUUUUUUUCCUGAAUUCCAUUUCAAUCAGUCAUAUGCAACUUGUCAUAAAUGACAUGAAAAUACUUCUAGUUUAUUUCUAUAUUUAUUUAUAACAUUUGCGUAACUUAUCACCGUAAAUGAUGUGAAAAUACACAUUUUUAUGUCAGUGUGUAAUUUAAUAAUGCACGUUUUUUCUGCUACAGUCUGUUACAUAAUCUUAAAGAGUUCUGGAGACUCCAAUUCCCCCCCCCCCCCCCCCCCGCCUGCCUUCCUAAUUUUUUUGGGAGGAUUUUGAAGAAACUUUUUUUUAUCAUGGAGUAGUUGAUAGGCCUGAUAAUAUGUAAAAAUGUACUUGAGUGGACUCAAAUGACAUUGGGAUCAGGAAUGUGGCAAAGAUGAAGUAGGGGAGUUUUGUUUUUUUGUGUUUUGACAAUUCAAAUGUAUGAACUUUAAUUUCUUGUCUUCAUUUUGUGUGGUAGCGGUUAGUUGUAUUACUAAUUAAUGGCCCUACUGGUUUUGUGGGUUUUUUGUUUAGUUUUUCAAGUUGAGGAAACUCACAAAGACAGUUAAUUAAUGAAAUAUUGUUAUAGUGUUUGAAUUUACAAAUGCUAUAAAUUGUCUUUGUAACUGCUUAGAAUAAAAAAAGGUCUAGAUGUUAUUUCUGAUUCAAUUUGGCUUGAUUUUGCUGUUAAACAGUAGAUGGGGUGCUUUUUAAAAUUUGUCAUUCGUUACAGAAAAAUUUUUCCAUGAUUUAGAUUGGUGAUGGGCUGAAUUCUAUGAUCUCUCUUAGAAAUGUUAACACGAUAAUAGAUAUUUUUUGGUUGCUCUCACUGGGCAGGGGAAUUGUUUGUAUUAUAUAGUGCUAUGAAUUUGGACAAGUUUUGGAUCGUUUGGUUUUGUGUCAGAAUGGGUAUAUAGAUGAGAGGUUGAUGGCUGUUGCAGCAUGAUGUUAUUUUUACCAAAUACAGGAACUUGCAUAUUUUUACCUGAAGAUAAUUGAGCAUUUUUCAAGCUACAAGAUGAAUUAUGAAUGUUUGCAUGUUGUUAUAGUAAAGACUUGCUCAAAUAAAUUUGAAUGUAAUGGA